GCGCUCUCUGUUGUCGUGCCGCCGCCUCUCAGUGGUGCGGUUGUUCGUGGCGCUCUUUCGGGUCCGCAGCGCUUCCGUUCUUUCUCCUUUCCUCUGCCCGGCCCGGCGCUGCUUUCCCGCCCGGUUCCCCCCUCCCCUUUCGCGGCCGGCGCAUUCACGCGAGUCCCCGGCUUCGCUCGAGGCCUACGUCCUUUUAUCGCCUCCUCCGUCAAGCCGGUGACAUGGCGCGGCUGUCUGUGCCCAGCUCGCAGAAGGCCCUGCUGCUGGAGCUGAAAGGGCUUCAGGAGGAGCCCGUGGAGGGCUUCCGAGUCAGCCUGGUGGACGAGGGGGACCUCUACAACUGGGAGGUGGCCAUCUUCGGGCCUCCCAAUACGCAUUACGAGGGUGGCUAUUUCAAGGUAAGGAAAGGGGGCUGCCUCUGUGUGGGUGACUGUUUGGGGAGGGCACCCUCCUCUCUUUGGUGGUCUCUAAAUGGGAGGUUGGAUUACAGCUCCCAUCAUCCCCAGCCAGGUAAACUUGUGCGUGCGAGAACAAGCGUGCGUAGCAGACACAUAAUUUAUACAUUCCAGACAGGAGAUGUUUGCAUUUCAAUUCUACAUCCUCCAGUGGAUGACCCACAGAGCGGAGAGUUACCAUCGGAAAGGUGGAACCCUACGCAGAAUGUAAGAACAAUUCUUCUUAGUGUCAUCUCACUCCUGAAUGAACCAAACACUUUCUCUCCUGCAAACGUUGACGCUUCGGUGAUGUACCGAAAGUGGAAAGAGAGCAAAGGGAAGGAUCAAGAAUACACAGACAUCAUCAGGAAACAAGUGCUGGGAACCAAGGUGGAUGCUGAAAGGGACGGAGUCAAAGUCCCCACCACGUUAGCGGAGUAUUGCGUCAAGACCAAGACGCCCGCCCCAGACGAAGGCUCCGACCUCUUCUACGACGACUAUUACGAAGACGACGAGAUGGACGACGAGGUGGAAAGCUGCUACGGGGACGACGACGACUCUGGCAACGAGGAGUCUUGACGAGGGAUUCCCUGCCCCGUCCCCCUUCUUCCGCCGCCCCCACUUCCUUCUCCCCCUCUCCCCCUCCCUCCACCGCUGCCUCCUGCUGCUGAACCUGAUAGUAGCAAUAAAUUACCUGACUCAUACUUGAACCCAGGAUGCAACCGGCUGAGACCUGGAAAACCCCGUUCGGCCCUGAGACAAAAGGACCCAAAAAACUCUACCUCAAAAGGAAGACUCGGCUUCUGCUUGACUGGGGAGGGGGUGGGAGAUCUCCCAGGGGGCUUUCAAGUGCUGUGUGUUUUUUGGGCUUCGAAUUUUUAUUUUUUAAUUUCCUUUUAUUCGGGGAGGAUUUGGGUGGAUGGAAGCGACUCCUGAUUCAUCCCGAGCUGUUGCUCUGGCCGUCUCGGCGGGGAGUUUCGGGGCCCAACACCAAGGAAGCAGACGGUCCCUUUCAGGAGGCAGCAACCGAGUGCGAGGUUUGGAACAGCUUUUGGUGACGUGGGUGGUUUUUCCUUUAACAAACAAAAAAAAAAAGCAAAAAAAAAAAAAUGCAGGCCAAGAGAUUUGGGGAGAAUUUCUAGCGAGGAUUUCCUAACUGUAAGCAGGCAGGUUGGGGUGACAUUAUUGGCCAGCCCUGUGUUUGUAUAGUAGAAGCAGGUAUUGUGAAGUGGGUAUUUCCUUCUGGUUCGCUCUGGAGACAAGGAAGUUUUUUUCAUGGGAGAAAGACAGUUCCUUCCUUGAGCCAAUUCUGGAGCCAAUUCUCUCCAGACCACAGGGGUCUCGGUUCCGGCGCUCCACCAAACUUCCAUUUGACCAAGAUGGCCUCCAUGAUGGUUUUAGCUGCUUUCUUUCUGCUUUCCUUGGCUUGACUUCCUUUCGGGGUGAGGCCCCAACUCCCCAGCGAGCAAAGGAACGGAGAGCAAGGCACUGUCUGUGGGGUUCCUGGAGUGAAGGAGGAAUUGGGCUGUCGGUUGUGCAUUGUCGCUUUGGCGUAGAGCUAAAACAGAGCCAAAAAACUAUGCACCUCAGUUCCUAGAGAGCUCAUUGCUUGAUGUGGGACAGGCACCAGAAUGGACAGAAGGUAGAAUAAAUAUAUACCUUCUAUACCAGCUUCACCAAGUAGCAUCUCCUUCUGAAGCUCACCUCCCUCCCCUUUUUUCCAGGUAUCUCCAGCAAAAGUUACGUAGUUCUGUAGGAGGCCACAGCUCUGACUGAAUAGGCCCAUACCUACAGCCAAGCAUGGGGUCCUUCAGCCAGGGCAAAUUGUGGGGCGGAAGCAUGGAAGAGAAAGGCCUUUGGUCUUCCCCUUCUCCUACAGGGCUCCCACUCCUGGUUUCAGUAUAAAGAGAAGACCCCAGGCCACGUUGACAAGACAAGUCACUGAUAGGAGAAAGAGACUCUGUCCAGCCUGGAUGUCUCCCCUUGAACCCAGAGAGAGAAGGUAAAAGAGUGGAUUAACAAGGCCAGCAGCCAAUCCUUGAAUUCCCUCAGAAAUUCCCUCAGAUGUUCCACAUCUGCUCAGAAAAAUCUGAAAGACCCCAGUUCUAAAAGACUGAAGACACUCUUUAACACAGGGAUCUCCAAACUUGGCAAACUUUAAUAAGACUUGUGGAUUUGAAUUUCCAGAAUUCCCCAGCCAGCCUGGCAGUUGAAGUCCACAAGUCUUAAAAGUUGCCAGGUUUGGAGACCCCCUGCUCUAAAUGGACCCACUGGUGGCAGAGGUUUUUAAUGUAGGGGGAAAAAAAAAACAGCCAACCCACCUCCUCCCGACUUCCCUUCAACAGAGUCUUUGAUGCUGAGUUGGGGGUGACUACUUCCUGCCCACCGGACAUCCUGCUUUAGACCAGUUACUCUCCCCUCUGAUGGGUGGAGAUCCUACGGGCCAGAGUGUGUGGCCCAUAGCCAUAAUCACAGAGGUCACUUUAGUAUCUACCAAGACUUCCAUCCUCUGGACCAGAGAACGUGCUCAGCUCACCCCUCCAGAAUAUAGGAAAUUCUGAUGGGGUGAACAAGCUAGCUGAGAUCCCCUCGUAGCUGCUAGCCUGAAGGCUUCAAAUCUCAGCCAGAGGCCUUGGUAAAUAGCAUAACCGCUAACAAACCACGAUAGUUGAAGAUCUCCUUUGGCCUGCUUGAGGGAAAAACAAGCCAUCCCAGAGCUUUCAGGAAUGGGAGGCAUAGAAGUAAAACAGUAAACAGCAUAUGAAAGCAAGGGUAGCAGGACAAGCUAUGAUUGAAAUGUCUUUGAAUAUUAGUAGCUCGGGGUGGUAGUUAUGUUGUUGGUUUGAGCUCCGAGCUUGGCAAUUUGGUUGCAAAUGUCUCGUCCCCAUUCAAGGAGACAUCGUCAGUGCGCAUUGAAGAUUAUCUCCUCAAAUGGGGACGAAACGUUUGCAACUAAAUCGCCAAACUUGGAGCUCAAACAGAACAAGCUAGGAUUCCCAUUCCUUUCCAUUGCUACCUCACUUAGACUCCAAAUCGGAGGCAGCUCUGGGGAAGAACAGAGACCCCAAAAGAAGCCACAUCAAACCCACCUCCCCAUUGGAAAUCUUUUCUCAAUGGGAAGUCUUCCUAGUAGGAGAAAGCGGAAGUGAUGAUUGUCUCGGCCUCACAAACUUAUAGUACCUAAAGAAAGCCUUAAUAUGGUUUCCACCAUCAAAUUGUCCUGCUUCACCUCUUCAGAUUACACAAAAGCGACCAACUGCAGGCUAGUCCUGAGGGCCAUAAACCACCUUCAGAGCCUCAAACCAGUCCCAUGUGGCAACCGAUUCUCUGGUUCCCCCAUGCCACGUCCAUCCUCAUCAUUGAGGAAGAUCCAGCUAAAACAAACACGGUUUUAAGUUUUGGAUGGAAUGAGAUCCUUUGUAGAGAUGGGGGGGGGAUGUCCCCUGGCUUCUCCACAUAUUCUAAUCCAGCCAUUCCUUGCUUGGGUUCAAGGGCCAAGAUGGCUGUUGCCAAAUCAAGGCCCCUCCCAUUCAAGUCUUGUAAUCACAAAUGCGAUGUAGUUCUCGGAUUGCAGGGAAUAUGCCAUGAUCUGGGUUAUCGGGUCAUCUUAAAGCACAUUUGGCCUAUUGCAUGUGGAAGAGAGACUUUUCCCCUCUCUUGCGAAGGGAGGCCGACUCAAUGCAGUGUCAGAUGAAUGAUCUCAAGAUGCACCUGACAGGAAUUCAGCAUCUAGGACGGUCUCCUUAGUUUCCUAACGGCAGCCACGGCUGGACCACACAGCCUUCCCCAUCAUGUUCUCCAGGAGGAACUGGGCCCGGUCUACCAAGACUCAAGAGUGGUCCGUUCCAAAAUAGCCCAUGCAAAAUUGUAAGGUGUUCUAGGAAUGCAAGCACCCAGCGCAGCUGUCCCUCAGCACUAAGGGAGCCCCAUCUAUAGGGCUCCCACAAAGUUCUCCCAUAUCUUCUAAAACAGUGUUUCUCAACCUUGGAAGCUUGAAGAUGGGUGGACUUCAACUCCCAGAAGGAUUCUGGGAGUAGAAGUCCACCCAUCUUCAAGCUUCCAAGGUUGAGAAACACUGUUCUAAAAGUAACUGCUGUACUUUUGCGUUUGAAGUCUCUCUCAACAGGAACUUAGCACAGAAAAUAGCAUCCAGAAGAGGUAAGACGCCUUAGGAUGGUGUUUUCCCAACCUUGGGAAAUUUUUAAGGCAUGUUGGACUUCAACUCCCAGAAUUCCCCAGUCAGCAUGGGAAUUCUGGGAGUUGAAGUCCACACGUCUUUAAACGUUCCCGUGGUUUUGGGGAAACGCUGCCCUAGGAGAUAAGAUCCCACCCCAAGGGCAUCUCUUUGCCAGGUUCUGUUGCUCACUUUCAUGACUCCCAUUGCAGGACAACGUCACACCUGACUUAGCCAGGAAGGUGGUUCUAAAAUAAAUAAAUCUGCCAGCACCAGCAAGUUGUAUGGAAUCUGCUCUCUCUCUCUCUCUCUCUCAUUCUCUCCUGCAUUCCUUCCUUUUGAAAUUGUAUUCCUUUUGAGCUCAUGCUUCCUCCCCCCCUGAUUCCUUCCCCAAGGAUUUGACAUCCAUCUUUUAGAAGGGGGGGGGAAAUUGCCCACUUCAAAAUGGCCUCCACUCUCUGCUGUAAAAAAAGGACUUUGCUAAAUCCAAGCUUUCCUUUUCACAAGCAAAUAGGGAGGGGGGGGUGUCUUUUUAAUUUAUUUUUACCCGGGUCCCCGUGUCUCACUGAGCACUGAAUGGAAAUCCACUCUUGCUUGCCUUUGAUGUCGCUUUCCUGAUUUUGUGAGAUUAUGCCCCUUUUCUCUAGGGUGGAAUUUGCUAGAAUUUGCACCUGGGGUUAGGGAUGGGGCUAUUAGGAAGCAGGGGGAAUCUAAUGGGUAAAAAUCGACUGUUUUGUAGAAUUGGGGGGGGGGAAUGGGUUGGCAAGGGAUGGGAUAUAUAUUUUUUGCUUUUUUCUUGUUUUUUUUGUUCUGGAUUUGAAGCUAUUUAAUAAAAGGAUUUUGAAAGGAA